AAUCAAAUUAAUAACAAUGGCCGUCGUGCUUGAUUGUCAUACGGUGGUAUACAUGGAUUAUGUGACAGUGAGAAACGUGUGGUCAGUGUCAAUCGCUGCCGUAUGCUCGACGUGAUUAUCUCGCGGAUGAAAUCGUCGUGACGUACAUUAAUCGCGAAGGAUGUUUUCUAGUGAGUGGUUGUAUCGCAGUGUCAACUGGUAACCACGGAUGACCAGCUGACAAUGUUUUGGCAUUAGCAUAAUUUGGUGGUUCGUGGGCGCUCGCGGUGUUUCCACGAUGUUUAAAGCUGAGGGAUCGUCCAAAGACAGCUUCCUUCAGCAAACGAAGGCCGCUAGGGAAGAAAGAGCCCAUGAGAAGGACAGACAAGUCGCUGUCACCUUAAUUCAAGCUUAUGUUAGGGGUUGGUUGACCCGCAAAAGAAUACUGGAGGACUUUGACACAAAUUUUCUGAACGAUGGUCGUACAGAUAAUAAAGGUGAACUGAAACCUGCACAGCACAUGUACAAGAUUAUUGCUAAAUUUUUGUAUGUAUAUAAGAAAGAAAGGGAUCAAGGAAGAAUAGAAAAAUUAUGUAGAUAUUUAGUGUCAACUCUUGAUUCAAAGUCUUUGGAAACUUCAUACAUAGGACUACUGAUCAAAGAUCGCUACAUAUCAUGGAUAUUGCAGAUGAAAAAGUUGCUUCUUUAUUGUCUCAAGGGCUUGGAUAAUCUUAAUCCGAAAGAAGCGUCUGACCAUAAAUCCAUCCUUUUGAGAUUAAGCACAUUGAUUAGUUUUACAUCUCCGACAACAUGGGCGAUACAAAAAGUAGAAGGAAUGGAGGUACUGAGAGCUGGAAUGAAUCAACUUUGUGCAAAUAUAAUGGGCCACCUAGUCAACAAUGGAUUUUACCCAACUAUGCAGGCUUUCCUAAUGAAGGGAUUGGGUAGAAAGGAAAUUGCUUUGAAACCGGUUACACUUACAAUAGCCAUUACAUUGGCAAUGAGGCCGUUAAUUUCUUCCCAAAUGUCGGAUAAAUUAGUAUCACUGUUUUUGAUUAAUGUUUUCAGUGUUCCUGCACUGGUCUAUCACCUGAACAACGUGUCCUCGGAGUGUAUUUCAUCAUUUAUCACCUACAAUUUGUUUGCUCGAAGCAUGGACUUGUUAAAUUCCGAGCAGAAUUUAAAGAUAGUUUCUAAUGCGUUUGAACGUAGCUAUGCGCUAUGUUUAUUAGCUAAUUUAAUACAAUUGGCUAAUAUCGAGAGGGAGGAGGUAUUCAGGGAGCUAUAUUUUCCAUCCUUCACGUUUGUUGUAACAAAAAUGUUGGAAGCAUGUCAACAAUACGUUGUUGCAAAGAGGAGUAACUUAACGCAUUGGCACCCAAUUCUUGGGUGGCUGACACAGAAGAUCGAUAAAACUUUGCAAGAACCUAUACCAUACGUAAAAUUACAAUUGCAAUAUUUAUGGACGGGUAGAAUAGUAACACAGCUAAUCGGUCAACCGUUGACGGAGCUCAUAGAAAAAGAGAUACCUCCGUCGGUAGAACAGCAAAGUACAUCUGUUGGUACUAACAUUUUUAGAAGAGCAUUUUUGGAAGCACGUACAAAUAGGAAUAACAAUACUAAAAAUUAUAGAAAACUAGGAAGUCCAGAAACUACCAAGAUAGCUUUAAUAUGUUCCCUGUACCAAAUUGGAUUGCAUACACUUACACAGAUGAAAAUGGAAAUAUUAACGGGCUUAUGCUACCACGAUAAAAUUUUAUACCACAUGUAUGUAUUCCUUGGAACCUUGGGCCCACACUGUGGUCUGAAAGCGUUUCUAGACCAUUUAACUGCUAACACGAAAUGCACAGCGCCUGAAUUUCAAAUGUUGAUAUUACUCUCGGAUUGUAUGACACACUAUGUUACAAUUUUAGAUGACAUGGAAAUGUAUGAGCACCAAGAUCCGUUCAAGCUUUCCGACUUCGUAACGAUAUCGUAUUUUUUAAAUCAGUUUUUAUACAAAGCUGUACUCAAUAACUUGUUUGAUGUUCCAGAUCCGAAAUCGGUUCCUACAAACCCGUUGUUCACCUCUCUUCACACGCUGCUGAUGGCGAUCUAUCGACGAGACUGUAGAAGAACGUUUUGCCCGGAUGGACACUGGCUGGCGAAGGAAGUUCGAGUGUCCGGUUUCCUGGCGGACUUGGAGAAGGAAAAACGCGGCGCUGCUCUACUUCUUUCCAAGAUGCCUCACGUGAUCCCGCAUUCUGAACGCGUAGUGUUAUUUCGCAAGCAAGUGGUCAACGAGAAAGCCGUAUUGGGUUUGACGGAGAGCGCAUGCAACAGCACCAUAACAACGCUGAUUGUUGUCCAUAGGACGCGUAUAGUGGAAGAUGGAUAUCGUCAGCUUGCAAUGUUGCCGUCUCAGGCGUUGAAAGGACUGAUUAGGGUGCGUUUUGUAAACGAGCAGGGUUUGCCGGAGGCAGGCAUCGACCAAGACGGAGUGUUCAAGGAGUUCUUGGAAGAGACGAUAAAGAAAGUUUUCGAUCCAUCCUUGAACCUGUUCAAAGCUACCUCUGAGAACCGACUGUAUCCGUCGCCGACGUCCUCUGUGCAAGACAACCAUUUGCAGUUGUUCGAAUUCGUUGGCCGCAUACUGGGCAAGGCUGUAUACGAAGGUAUUGUCGUGGAUGUACCUUUCGCCUCCUUCUUCGUUUCCCAAUUUUCUGGGCAAACUGGUGGGGCACUGUACAGCUGGUUAGACGAGUUGGCCUCGCUAGACAAAGAUUUGUAUCGGAGUCUCACUCUGGUGAAACAUUACAAGGGUGACGUUAGCCAGUUAGAACUGACUUUCUCUCUCGACGAGGACGUUCUAGGCAAGCUAGUUACGCACGAAUUAAUUCCUGGAGGGCGAGCGGUGCCGGUCACCAAUGAAAAUAAAUUCUAUUACAUACACUUGAUGGCUCAUUUCAGAAUGCACAUGCAAAUCAAGGAUCAGACUGCCGCCUUCAUCAAAGGGUUCCGUUCUAUAAUUAAUCCCGAUUGGUUGGCUUUGUUUUCAACGCCAGAGUUACAACGAUUAAUCUCGGGCGACAAUGUUCCAUUAGACUUAAGAGACCUACGAAAACAUACGAAAUACUACGGCGGUUUCCACGACAGCCAUCGCGUGGUGUGUUGGUUGUGGGACAUUUUGGAGAACGAUUUCUCGGAAGAUGAAAGGGGCAUGUUCCUUAAGUUUGUUACCAGCUGUUCAAAAUCGCCUUUGUUGGGAUUCGCCCAUUUGGAUCCACCAUUUACCAUCCGUUGCGUAGAGGUGGGGGACGAUGAAGACACAGGCGAUACAAUAGGUAGCGUACUCAGAGGAUUUUUCACAAUUCGCAAGAAGGAUCCGCAGAAUCGUCUGCCCACGUCGUCCACAUGUUUUAAUCUACUUAAACUACCCAAUUACCAAAAGAAGAGCACGCUACGAGAGAAGCUACGCUAUGCGGUCACUAGCAACACCGGCUUCGAACUGUCUUAAUCUAGAACCGACUUCGAAAUCGCAGUGAUGCCGUUGCUCAAUAAUAUAAACGAAAAUUUCUACACAGUGAUCGAGUGGUGUCCGGCGAAAAAUAAACAGAACCGAACCGAACGUGUGACGACAGCUCGUAAAUGCUGUCUGUUUAAUGUUCGAAAAAAGAAAAAAAAAACUGUUGUGCGUUUGAUCGAGUGCUCGCACAAAAUUUUACGAAUGCAUCGUGUGCAUAAGGUGGAAGAACGUUCACUUUUGUUACCUUCGUAAGAGAUUAUUAACACUUUUAUUUACCUCUGCUUCGUUUCAUGAUCAAGAAAAUAGAAUGAACUGCCUCCUGGUAUUCUUUGAGGUUCUCAUGAGAUUUCAGUAUGUAAUACGUACGGGUGUGUAUACGUGUAAAUAUAUGCAUACCCGUGACACCUUAAUUUCAACACCGACGCUACGUCUUUUAAUUUUAAUUCUAUAGAAUUUCUCGCCAAAUGAAUAGAUUACUUAUGGUGUAAAGCACACUAUACCUCAUGAGCUUAAUAUUGCUAAUACUUGUGCGCUUGUUAGUACAUAAAUACCAUGGAUUAAUGUUAGACGAUUAAUAAUGCAGUGACAAACGCGCGAGACAAAACGUUGAAUCUGCGUGCCCAUCGGUGCUUGGCGAUCGAUCGGAAAGGGGAUUCAAAUUUUAGGAAAGAGUUUACGAAUUUUAUGGAAGUCCGCGACUUCGUUAUCAGAGAGAGAGAGAGAGAGAGAGAGAGAGAGAGAGAGAAGGAGGCAAAGAGAGAAAGAGCUAUUUUUCGCAAAAUUUUGUACAAAUGUUUCACACGUUGCACGAAGAACCACACCGUGUAGAUGUAUCACGAUGUAUCACGAGCGUCGAUGGGUUCAAAGUCCCUCAUCGUGUAAUGCACGUUCUUAAUACGAUCGAACAAGUUUGUGAUGUUUGAAUCCUCUGCGACUAUACACUUUGUACGGGACCGGCGAGCAUAAACAGAAAAUAAAAGUGGGAGCACGAGGACUGUGUUAUCUGCAA